AAAAACACUUGAAUUAAUAAUAUUUAAUUAUUUAUUUAAAAUAAAUUAUUUAUCAAAAUGACGUUCGCAAUGAAUGGUCUAACAAAAAUCAAAAUAUUAAAUACAAAUUUAAGUAUAAUUAAUAAUUUUAUACGUUUAAAAACAACAACAGCAUGUCAAUUAGUGUAUAAAGAUUUCGGUGAUCCGGUAAAAGUGAUUGAAUUAACGAAAACCGAAAUAAAAAAACCAUGUGGACGUGAAGUUUUAAUAAAAAUGUUAGCUGCACCCGUGAAUCCAGCUGAUAUAAAUAUAAUCCAAGGAAAAUAUCCAGCAAAAGUGACAUUACCACAAGUACCGGGUAACGAAGGUGUUGGUGAAAUUAUUGAAAUCGGUGAAGAUGUUAGUGAUUUGGACGUAGGUGAUCGUGUUAUUCCAUUAUUAUCAAAUCAAGGUACGUGGUGUACACAUACGAUAAUGCAUUCUGAUGUUUUAUAUAAAGUACCCAAAGAUUUGGGUAUCGUUGAAGCAGCUACACUUACGGUAAAUCCAUGUACGGCAUAUCGAAUGCUAGAAGAUUUUUGUGAUUUACAUCCUGGUGAUACAAUCAUACAAAAUGGUGCAAACUCAGCAGUUGGACAAAAUGUUAUACAAAUUUGUAAGGAACGUGAUAUUAAAACGAUUAAUAUUGUACGAGAUCGAAACGAUAUCGAACAAUUACGUGAGUUUUUAAAAGGUUUGGGAGCAACUGUUGUCUUAACUGAACAAGAAGUUCGUACAUUUAAAGCAGAUAAAUCCGGUUUAAAGAAACCGGUCUUAGGUUUUAAUUGUGUUGGUGGUAAAAAUGCCUUAGAAAUGUUACGUCACCUGGAUUAUAAUGGUUAUAUGGUGACCUAUGGUGGUAUGUCACGUGAACCGGUUACAAUUCCAACGUCAGCGUUAAUUUUUAAGAAUAUACAAAUCGUUGGAUUCUGGAUGACACGAUGGUCAAAGGAUCAUCAUGAUGCUGAGGCACGAUGGCGUAUGUUACAAGAAUUAACACAAAUGAUGAUUGAUAAAAAAUUGACGGGGCCGGUGCAUAAAUUUGUUAAGUUAGAAAAUUUUAAAGAGGCGUUACAGAAUACGGUUUCGGUUAGUGGAUUUGCUGGGAAAAAAUAUCUAUUAGAUUUUUGUUAAAUUAUUUUUUUGAAUAGUGUUUAAUUUAUUUUUGAAUUUGUACAGUAUUUAAAAAAAAUAGAAAUAUUUUAUUAUUUGUAGUAGAAAUAUUGUAAAUGUUACGUUAAAGGUUGUUAAAA